CAUAAGUUUGACUAACUAAUUUUUUCUUCCACCUAAAUAAUAAAAAAAGCACUCUGAUUACCCCCGAUACACCCAGUCCCUGUUUUACGAACAUUGGGUGUUCAAAUUCUAGGGCAAAGGAUUCGAUUUCGAUCAAUAGUACUAAGAUUAUGGGUAUCGUCGGCAAUCUCACUAAGGCACAGCUCGACUCCUUCCAUUCCGAUGGUUAUAUUGUAAUGGAAUCGUUUGCGAGCGCCGAGGAAGUCGAGAGCUUGAGGAAGAGAAUGGAACAUUUGCUAAACCAGUUUGACUACUCAACCACCGCCUCUAUUUUCUCUACUAAAAACCAGCAACAGUUGACAGAUGACUAUUUCUAUGAAAGCGCCGAGAAAGUUUCGUUUUUCUUCGAAGAAAAAGCUUUUGAGGAAGAUGGAAACUUAAAGCAACCAAAGGAACUGUCCAUUAAUAAAGUUGGCCAUGCAUUACAUGAGAUUGAUCCAGUUUUUAAAAACUUCUCCAACUCUGAGAAAGUUUGCAGUUUGUUCUGUUCUUUGGGUUAUAAGAAGCCAAUUAUUAUUCAAUCUAUGUACAUAUUUAAGCAACCAGGUAUUGGGGGUGAGGUAGUGCCUCAUCAAGACAAUUCGUUUCUCUAUACUGAGCCACAAACUUGCACAGGGCUUUGGUUGGCCCUAGAGGAUGCAACAACAACGAAUGGUUGUCUCUGGGCAAUUCCUGGAUCUCAUAAAAAUGGUCUUGUCAGACGGUUCAUUAGAGGUGAAAAUGGGGUAACUUUUGAUCGGCCUUCCCCUGAUUAUGAUCUCAAAGAUUUUGUGCCUAUAGAAGUAAAAGCUGGUUCUUUGGUUGUUAUUCAUGGUGAUCUAAUUCAUCAAAGUUUAGAGAACCAGUCUUCUAAAUCAAGGCAUGCCUAUGGCUUGCAUAUUGUAGAUACGGAGGGUUGCACCUGGGCUCAAGAUAAUUGGAUCAAGCGAAAGGUAGAGCCAACUCCUCUUUACACAUCAUAAUCUGGCAUGAGCUAAUCUGUUAUGAGGCUGGUAUCUGAAUCUCAAGCUGAAGGAUUUGCUCCACUGUGUGCAUUCCUACCUUGUAAUGGUGACGGCUCAUCUAGUCCUUUUUUUUCCUUUUGUUUUUUUCUUUUGGACAGUAAUAAUCAAUCUGUACGAAGAAUGUUUUGGGCAGACAAAAUAAUAAAUUUGUUCAUUUCUGUAAAGUGGUUUUCUGUAUAAACUUUUAUUCAGGUUAAGUAAAUUUCAUUAUCAUUACAGACUCA